AUGCACCUACGAACGGCUCUUCGGGCUUGCGUACCUCGUGCAGGUCACACCUUACUUGCCUUGAAGCAACCUACUCGGCUUGUGGCUCCUCCCAUACUCUUGAGCUUCAGGACUGCGUCCACCGAACCGGCUGCUAGGCGGGUGAGGGAUGUCAAUACUCUCGUAAAGGACCCUAAUGCCUUCAAAGAAUUCAAAAGAGCAUUGGACCUUAACCGGUAUACCGAAAUCUGGAGAUGGUAUCGUGUCUUGUAUCGAACAAGAGAUCUAGAACGCUUGAGCUCCCGCGACUUUUACAAAGUUGUCCUAUUGGUCAAAGAGAACCGCGUUUUCUUUGAACGCAACGAUGCUGCUCGCGUACGUAUUCUAAACCAGAUCUGGACCGCCAUGGCCAACUCGAAAAUAAAGCCGGACCCGACAUUGUGCAAACUCUUUGUUGAACUUUAUGGACGCGCCGGAGAUCUGGCUAAUUUGGAAAAAGUUCAGGCAUAUAUGAAAGAGGCCGGUUUUCCUGUGCUUGAGAAGGGUGUUCAACAGUGGAUCAUGCUUGCAGCGGCGCGUACUGGGAAUUUUGACCAAGCGCAGCGAAUCUACGAAUUCCUCAAAACCUCUGACGCUGAGCGUGACAGGGUAUUGGCAAACUCGUUGUUGAUGGGAUACUCGCGAGGGAGAUAUGAGCAACCAAUGUUGCAAUUGUUUGAGGACAUGAAGAGUUCAGGACCUGCCCCCGACAGCUUGUCGCACUACCAUGUUCUAGACUACUACGCAUCUGUCGGCAAUAUCGAAGAAAUGGAAAAAUGGUUUGCGAUCAUGCGCAAAAUUUCCUCACGGCCAUUGCAGUCCGCGUAUAAUGUCGCAAUAUAUGCAUAUCUUGCUGCGAAUCAGUUGGACAAGUCUCGCGAGCUUUUCAAGGAAGUUGAACAGCACAACUAUGUUCCUGACUACCGACAUGAUGAUCUGAAGGUUGCCCUUGCCGCCCAUGAGGGCGAUACAAUCACAGCAUGGAAGUCUUUUCGCCGGGCUUAUGCCACAAGGAAGAAGGUGGCAAGUGUACAAGUCAUGAUCAACCUGGCCAAGGCGACAGGACCUGUCAAAGUGGAAGAUUUAGAAGAGUUUAAAAAGACACUGGCUCUUGCCGAAUAUCCCAUGACAGCGAACGUUCUCUCUUAUUUGUUGAGAGGAUAUAGAGGUCUGCGCGAUCCGGUGUCCGCGGAAACGGUCCUAAGGUGGAUGGCUUCAAAGAAAUGGACUACCCACGGUGGACACUAUGCCGACGUUAUCGGGACAUACCUUGUACAUGGUGACGUGGAGAACGCAAAGCGAUUGUUCAACGAGGUUCGGGAGAAGGGACAGGGCAUCGAUAAGUACUCUUAUGCAGCCUUGGUACGGCGGUGCGUGAAGGAAAACAAACUGGCCGAGGCGGCCCUUGUCCUAGACAACCUUGAGCGAGAUGAUAUGUUCAUCAGUGUAGGAUUGGUAGAGUCCGUGCGGGAAACUUUGGGCGCGGAGCAUGAGUUGGUGAAGAGGCUUACUGCACGUUUCGAAGAGAAAGUACAAGCUAGCAAGACAGCAAAAAAGACAGCGUAACGUAGAAUCGAUGUCAGUAUGGGGGAAGAGGAUCGACAAUAUCCUAACGGUGUUAUUUAGAUUUGAGAAUGUGCCUAUUUCUCCCGAGUUAUCGUUUUGAAUCAAAUCAUGUAAUAACGUAACGAAACAAGAAACUAUAUUAUCACAGCA